CAAAACUCCCCACCGAUGCCGUCACAGGCUCUGACGAACAGCCAACAAUCAUACCUCUCUCCGAACCCUAGCUUCGACCUAUCAAACACCCGAAGCUCCGGCCUCAGACUUAGGUUCGGCAGUAAAAGCCCCCGAGAAAUCGAGUGUAAAAGAGCAAAAGACCAAAACCCGACACGCGGUAAAGAAAGAGUGAGAGAGACGGAAAGGGAGGCUCGGAAAGCAGGCAUGGUCAGGCUCGCGACGGACUCGGCGGCGAAGAAGGGGAAGAAGAAGAACAGCUAUCCGUCUCCGACGGCGACGAAGAAGAAAGGUCGUCCUUCUAAGGCAGAUCUCGCGCGUCGCUGCUUGGAGUCGGGCGGUCCACGCCGCAGCCUUCGGCCCAUCCGUCGGCGUCGGAUAGAAGAAGAGUACGACGACUUGGAAUCGGAAUCUGAAGGAGAAGCAGCAGAAUCCAAUAAGAGGAGAGAGAAGAAGCUUAAACUAGUCUUGAAAUUCCCUCCCAUUGAUAAUAACAAGCCGGCCUUCCUUACCGGUGGGGCCCACACCCACAACCCCCAUUCAGAUUCCUCUUCUGGUCUGUCUGCUGCUGCUGCUGCCUCUUCUUUGGAUGAAGGAGGCGAGGCAGAAGACGAAGGCAAGCCUUUCAAGAAGAGGAGAAUCAACGGUCGUGAUGAUGACCUUGAUGUAGACGAUGAUGAUGAUCAUGAUGGUGACGUUGCUGCUGCUGGCGACGAGGAUGAUGACGACGAUGAAGAUGAUGAUGAUGGUGAUCAUGAUAAUAUCUUUGAUGAUGAUGGUGAUGUACGGUCGAGUAGAUCUGAUGAUCAAAAUGAAGGGAAGGAAAAUGAAGUUCCGAAGUCCGUGGAUUCUGUUCCAGGGUCGUCGGUGGAUUACCCUUUGGCAGCAACUCCUUUACCUGACAAGAAGACAUUGGUCUUCAUUCUACAUAAGCUUCAGAAGAAGGACACAUACGGUGUAUAUGCAGAGCCUGUGGAUCCAAAAGAGCUCCCAGACUAUCAUGAUAUAAUUAAGCAUCCGAUGGAUUUUGGCACCGUAAAGAAGAAGCUGGCAAGAGGUGAUUACUCUACGUUGGAGCAAUUUCAGAGUGAUGUUUAUCUAAUUUGCACAAAUGCAAUGCGAUACAAUGCACCAGAAACCAUAUACUUUAAACAGGCAAGAACAAUCCAAGAGCUAGCAAGAAAGAGAUUUGAGAGGCUACGGGCUCAUACACGUGCUGAGAUGGAGCUCAAAUCUGAGCAGAAGGCCAGUGGCAACUCUGUGCCAAAGACUGUAAAGAAGUCCACUUGCAGGACUGUACAGGAAUCUGUUGGCUCUGAUUUGUCCGCAGGUGCCACUCUUGCUGCCAUGGGAGACACGUCCACCUGGUCGAAGACAACACAAGCUUGUGGUUUGGAGAAGCCAGGCAAUGCUGAUGGGCUUUUUGUAGAUGGCAAUUCUUUCUCGGCUGAGAAUAAACAUGACAAGGCAGAGGAAUUUUCAGCCAAGGGUUUCCCAUCAAAAUUUGGGAGGAAGCAGUGUGUGGUGGAUGAAAACCGUCGUGCAACUUACAAUUUACCUGAUCAACCAGUGGCCAGACUGGAGUUGGUGUUUGCAACGUUUGAGAGAGAAACAAAGCAGCUGGUUGCUGUCGGGCUUCAUGCAGAUCAUUCCUAUGCGAGAAGCCUGGCUCGUUUUGCUGCCACACUUGGGCCCGUUGCUUGGAGAGUUGCAUCCCGGAGAAUUGAGCAGGCAUUGCCUGCAGGGUACAAAUUCGGCCGUGGGUGGGUCGGAGAAUAUGAACCACUUCCGACGCCUGUACUUUUGCUUGAAAAAACACACAUCAAGAGGCAGCUUUCCCAUGGUACAAACCUGCAACGUGGGUCUCAGUCAUGGAGGGACGGGGAAACGGUAGAGAAGCUGAGGACUGCAGAAAAUAUCAGUCCAAAGAGUGUGCAACUGGGUCUCGGAACUUGUUCAACUUCAUCAGUGGAGGCAGUUUCUAGUAAGGCGUCGAAUUAUCCCAAGGAGGGAAUCUUCAGUGCGGCAACUUCAGAAGGGAAGCCGGGUUGGUUUGGUGGUGUUGGUGGAACCAAGCCCGUCACAAAUAACAUGCAUCCACUGCAGAGGGACUCGGUAAACAUGGAUUUAGGAGCUAAAUCCGACAUUAGUGCUGCGAAGCCAGUCGAAGUGAGCUGUUCAUCCUCAGCGAGUAGCACUCCCAUCAACAUAGCCUCACAAAGGUCUGAGCAUGGUUCAGACAUGAUGACUCCUAGGAUGCGGGAGAUGGUGUCAAGGAACAGGAAUACCAUGUGCUCUUUACCCUUUAUGCAGCAAGAGGCAAUGGCAUUACGUGUGAAUGAUCAUUCAUCUCAGUCUGGAAUCCCCAUUGUGAGUGUGGAUGGUGGACUUGCUGCUGGAGGAGCAUUGCCUAAUGGGAAAGUAACGAGCAUUUCUGAUGUUAAUAGGGUGGGCACUGCACCCUUGAACUUUGUUUCCAACCAUCAGGCAGGAGCUCCAAGCUAUUUUGGCCGUGGCAGCCAUCAUGAGCAAGGUCUGACUGAUCCUGUGAAACUGAUGAGGAUGUUAUCGGGACAGUUGCCAAAAACUGCAAUCCCAUCCAUGGUUGAUAGUUCGCAGGUUUUGUUGCCUUUUACAUCAUUAAGAAGAGAUGAAUCCAGUGCUGCGGCGAGUGCUGCCAGGGCAUGGAUGUCCGUUGGGGCCACGGAGCUUAGACAAACCGACCAUACAACUGUACCCGAACUGCAGAUUGCAGCUACUUCUCUUUACAACCCAACUCGGGAACUUCCUAAUGCAGUUUCUCAACCUCGUGAGGAUGCACCUGGUUCAGUGGGGUUGCACUCUGAGAAGAACAGGUUUGCUUCCCAAGCACUUCAACAGCCGAUGCAUGCUGUUAGUGAGGAAGUACGAUUUCAGGACAGCAGGUCGACAGUUUUUCCUCGACAAAGAUCAGCAGCAGACCCGUCGAGGUUUCCGGUGCAAUCUCCUUGGCGGGGCCUUGCUCCACAUUCCCAACAGAGGCAGAAAACGGAGAUGCUUCCCCCAGACUUGAACAUUGGUUUCCAGUCCCCUGGAUCUCCAGUUCAGCAGUCUCCGGGGGUCCGGGUCGACUCUCAGCAACCUGAUCUGGCUUUGCAACUUUGAGGUGGGAUGUUGGAGUUGCUGUUCAUGGGUGUUUUGAAGAGAGACUGUGUGAGUUGCAAGAGAGUUGUGUAUGGAGGUAUCCGAGUGGAUUCCUGUUUUUGGCAUGAACAUGCUGUGUCAAGGAAGAACUUGAAUCGAUCGUCUGUGAACUUCCCAGCCCUAGCUUUGGAACAAGAGACCUCUCAUUUCUCUCCACAUUGAACCAACUAUCACCAACCCAAAAACAGGUUCCAUUCAGGUUUGCAGCAGGUGAUCUGUAUCAACGGUCAGCUUGUCUCCUUUUUCAUUAAGGAUGAUGACCGGCAGCAGGACGGCUAGAUGGAUGGAUAGAAGGGAAGUAUCAUCAUCUAUAGUGUGGACAAGCAGGAACUUUGAGACGAGAAACAGCUAAAGGAGUGCUGAAGAUCAAGUGGAAGUGUUUACCUGAUGGGGUUUAGAGGUUUGGAAAUUCUUCACAAUCAGGUGAGAUCUACUUUUGAGAAGCAAACCCAUUGGGUUUCAUUUAUAUAUGGAGAAAGCUGUGUGUAUAGUAGGAGAUGGGGAUAUGAUUAGUUAGAUGUUCUGUGUAACUGCGAUAUACUGCCGUAGUGUACAUUUGAUUGUAUAUUCAAUAGAAUGCAAUGCAAUAUCAGGCUUGAGAGAA